GUUUUUCUAUAUUGUUAAAUUCUAUAUUGUUAAAUUCUAGUUGAGUUUUGUAGUAUCCUGGUUGUUUGUAAGUAUCUUGAGGUUUUAAUGGCAGAAAAACAAGUAAUUUUGGUUACAGGUGGAACAGGUUUGGUUGGAAAAGCUAUUCAACAAAUUGUAAAUGAAGACAUCCGCCCUAACGAAUUUUUUAUUUUCCUUUCAUCAAAAGAUGCAGAUCUUUCGUGUUUAGAUCAAGUUGAAAAAUUGUUUGAAAAGCACCAACCAACGCAUGUCAUUCAUCUAGCUGCUCUUGUUGGAGGUUUAUUUAAAAAUCUGAGUGCAAAUCUUGACUUUUUUAGAAAAAAUAUGGCAAUUAAUGACAAUAUUCUUGCAUGCUGCUAUAAAUAUAAGGUCAAAAAAUGUGUUUCAUGUCUAUCAACCUGCAUCUUUCCAGACAAGACAACAUAUCCCAUUGAUGAAACAAUGGUUCAUAAUGGUCCCCCUCACGAUUCCAAUUUUGGAUAUUCAUAUGCCAAGCGAAUGAUAGAUGUUCUUAACAGAGGUUAUAAAGAACAACUAGGAUGCAGUUAUACAAGUGUGAUCCCUUGCAAUGUUUUUGGACCUAAUGAUAAUUAUAAUAUAGAAGAUGGCCAUGUUUUACCUGGACUCAUUCAUAAGAUAUAUAAAGCUAAAGAAAAAGGUGAACCAUUGACAAUAUGGGGAACAGGAAGUCCAAGAAGACAAUUUAUCUACUCAUUGGAUUUGGCAAGAUUAUUUUUACUAGUUCUUCGAGAAUAUGAUGACUGCUCGCCUAUUAUUCUUUCAGUUGAUGAAGAUGACGAAGUUUCAAUUAAAGAAGCUGCUGAAAUGAUUGUUGAAGCUAUGAAUUUUAAAAAUCCAAUUGAAUAUGACACAACACGAGCUGAUGGACAGUUUAAAAAAACUGCCAGUAAUGCAAAAUUAAGGAAAUUAUGGCCUGAAUUUAAAUUUACUCCAAUGAGACAAGCCGUUCAAGAAACAUGCGAUUGGUUUGUAAAAAAUUAUGAACAUGCACGCAAAUAAAUUCACUUUGUAAAUAUUAAUAGGAAAAAGAUUGGAUUUUGUUUUUCUA